CUUAGAUACACUAUCAACAAGGAAGUAAAUACACGCAUACUACUUUGAAAGCCUGUCCAAAUCGAAAAGGACACUUAUAAUGGCGUCGAAUGCUGACUUCGACUCUUCAGUGCAUAAAGGAUCCGAUUUAAUUCAUGACUAUUGUUGUUCUACGUGUGAAGAAGACGAUGUCAGCAAGGAGGCGGAGUUCCAUUGUGAGAAAUGUGCAAAGUUCUUCUGUAACGUUUGCGUGAAACUCCAUAACCUGCUUCACAGAAAACACACGGUUGCUGGGAAACAAGACAUUUCCAAGUGGCCGGUUGCCAAGGCAAUUGAAGACACAUUGGAGCAAUGCCAGAAACACAAAGAUGAAAAGCUAAAGUUGUUUUGUGAGGUUCACCAACAGAUAUUGUGUACAGUUUGUCACGUCUACAAUCAUCAAAAAUGCAGCCACAUUGUACUGAUUGCUGACAAACUGAGUGCACUUCAAAAGGAGGUCGACUUUUUACAAAUAUCCACCAAUUUAAAGAAACUCAGAGAAAAGAUAAACCAUGAGAAACAAAAGAAGAUGGGCAAGCUUCACUCUUACCAAAUCUCCUAUCAGAAAGUCAUUGAUGAAAUUGGGGCAUUUCGAAAGAAAAUGAACGACGCUCUCGAUCGGCUGGAGAAGACAACUAAACAGGAACUUGACACACUGUUGACCAAUUUAAAGACAUCUAUCCAAACGGACAUUGAAACUUUAAACAAUGCACAUCAGAAGAUACAGCAUCUACAGGAUGAAUUGCAAAAUAUUGAAAGUAAAAGUCCUGCGGUGUCCUUUAUGUUAUACACAAAGUGUACAGACCAGUCUUCUGUGGCACAUUUACUUCUACAAAAGCUUGCAUCCAGCGGUGAUGGCACGAUGUCAUUUUUUCCUGACACAACAAUUGCUCAUGCUUUGUCCGAAUUCACACGUUUAGGGAAGGUUGGCAACAACAACAAACGGUCCAAGUACACGACCCAGCACCAUAAAAGCACUGGUAUAGCUAUAUUACAAGCUACAAUGUCCAAAGUAAGCACUUCCAUCAAACCUGCAAUAUCCAAUCCAAACCAAAUUAUCAGAGUGACGAAGGGUAUACAGUAUAAUGUGAAAACGGAAUAUGAAACGUAUAUGAAAUGUUCUAUAUCCGGCAUGUGUGAGACAGCUUCUGGCAACCUUCUCAUCUUAGACUGCCCAACAGUGAGACUUCUAAGUCCGACCUACACUAUAUUGGACUGCUAUGAUGUUCCAGACGAGCCGAAGGGUAUUUGCACUACGGACUCUCAUCAGGUGGCUGUACUAGUUGUGAAUAGAGUAACUGUAUUCAUUUCCAAAUCAUGUCAGAUCCAUUUUAUUACAGUAAAGGAUGAUAAAAUUUUACUUGAAUGGACACUGAAUGUAGGACAUACCUGCAACGGUAUUGCACACCGCAGGGGUAAGCUGUUCUUGAACUCAGGUUCAGCAAUUUAUCAGUACACUAUAGACAGGCGUCAGAUGAGGCAACUAUACGGAGAUUCGUCGGACAAAUCGAUAGUUGAAUCAUGUGCAGUCAGUCCGGAUGGGGAGCGGAUAUAUAUGGCGAAAGUAUCCAGUUCCAGUGUGCAGCUCCUUACACUGUCCAGUGAUGGCAGAGUGUUGUCUACGCUAACUGACCCCGCACUGAAAUGGAGUCGGCUAGAUUACGGAUGCGCUCAAGCUGGUCUACAUGUGACAGACUCUGGACAGCUUCUGGUAUGUGCAUUUAACUCAAACACGAUUCUCCAAGUUGACAGCGAUGGGAAAAAGAGGCUGGCAGAGAUGGCCACUAACAAGGAUGGUGUGGUUCAUCCAUCAGCGCUCUACUUCAGUAAACGAAAAUCAAAACUAAUUGUUGGAAUGUGGCAAACAGAUCACAUUCUUGUAUUUGAUGCGGAAUGAUUGGGCGACGUACAUUAUAUGCAAAUAUGAUUAGAUAUAUUUGAGUAGAUAGGAGUAAUUAGGCGUAUAGUGCAUAACAAAAUCGUACAACUUAAAGCGUAAGUUGCGCAUUCGUGUUGUGCUCAUAAAAGUAUACGUAUCUCUAUUUUGAAGUCGUGCUAUUUUGUUUAAGUUCGUCUGUAAAAAGUGAUCACAUAUACCGGUACUUCCUGUCCUGGCAACGGCGUCUGUUUUAUCGUAUCGUAAGCAACACAGCAUGUAAGUAGUAUAACAUUUCCAUAAUACGAGCUAAAUUUCGCGGGACAAUACAUUGUUCACGCGUAAUGACCGACUUUCAUGUCGCGUGUUUCCUUGGCAACAUGUCACGGAUUUUUUUCGGGUGUGUCAGUUCAAGAACAUACUCGACGUGAAUGUUGGAUGAAUCAAGUGUCCACGUGUUAAACAUGUCUCGUGAAUAAGCUCUUAUGAGUGAGGGACUUUCUUGUUGCUUAAGUCCAUGCGACGUCGUUCACGAAGGUCAUGCGGUGCAUUCCGUUAUCGAGUAUCCGCAUUACCAGGGUGUCGUUGCCAGGUAGGCAUCCAUGCUGCCGGUAGGUGUGCGUGUUACUAAAUAUAACAUAUGAUUAAUAAAGUUUUCGUGCUUAAACUUUUGAAAAGUAGUUUUUAAAUGUUGUUCCGUUUAAUGACUUGUGAUUUGUCUUUUAUAGAUGUACCAGAACAAAAUUGUUGCAAAUGCUUUUCACUUAAGAUAUGAAUGCUUACGACUGAUAUUUUUUUCUUUAUUUAACAUUACAAUAUGUAUUGUUUUAAUACUUUGCCUAUGUGGAUUUGUUUAAACAAAUCACUGAUUUUCUUUUAUAAUGUGUUCCUGAAAAUUACAAAUAAUAUGUAAAUAAAACGAAAAUUCUACGAAUCAUUAUAAUUAAACCCCUCCUUCGAAGAAGCGAGGGUAUAUGUCUUUGAAUAUGUUUGUCGGUCGGUGGAUAGGUUGGUAUGUCGUUGAGAAUGUAUUUCUGUAUGCCGGCCCGAAGACAUUUUGUUUGUUCUUCUGCGCGAUAUCUAGAGAACGCUUUAAUCUACAACUAUGCAAAUAUGUUUGAUGAUUACUUGAGAGAAAUGGAAGAAGCCUAUAGAUGUAUAUGUAAACAUUUCAAAGGUCAAUGUCAAAGAGGUUAUAAAAUGAACUGGUAAAAACGUCAUUUAUAGCGCCGUUAAUAAUCAAAACAAUCCUUUAGAAAGAUUUUAAAUUCUGAUAAAGCAAUAGCUAAACAUUUGACACUUAUUGCCUUUUUUAUUAGAUGCAUUACAGCACAGCAAUCAAUCAAAUAUGUUCAACCCUUAAAUCUGAUCCUCCGAGACAGGGUAUAUAAUGGCAUUUUAUUAGAAUGAAAUUAUUCCCCAAGAAGAUAGCCUUCAUUGUACCAAUUAAAAUGUGCAUUUAAAUUCGUAUUUGACGAUGAAUGACCCAUUAUUUUGUGAAAUCAAGAGAUCAAAGGCAAAUGUCACAGGGACCACUUUGCUGUAAGUCGGAAGUGGAGGAAUUUUUUUUUCCGCAAAAAUCUAUAGUUAAGGAAUGUUUUAAUGUUAUAUAAACAUUGCAUAAUAAAUUGAAGUAUUCAUUAAUAAUCCAUUAGUAUGUGUUAACAUUGAAAAAAAAUACCGAUUACUGUAACUUGCAACAUGUGACCCCAGCUUUGACCAUUUAUGUUUAUAUGUGUUGUUCUAUCAUAGUAGUAUUUGACAAGAACACAAAUUUUCUUUUGAUACAAUUUAUUGCGUUUCUUGUUUAUGCCCCUUUCGAAGAAAAGGGGGUAUAUAGUUUUCGCACUGUCCGUCAGUCUGUCUGUCAGUCUGUCUGUCAUUCUGUCAGUCUGUCACACUUUUCGUGUCCGCUCUCUAAUUCAAAUAGUUUUUAUUCGAUCUUUACCAAACCUGGUCAGAAGUUGUAUCUAGACAAUAUCUAGGUCAAGUUCGAAUAUGGGUCAUGCCGGGUCAAAAACUAGGUCACGGGGUCACUUAGUGCAUUUCAAGGAUUUAGCAUGGUGUCCGCUCUUUAAUUGAAGUAGUUCUCAUUUGAUCUUUACCAAACUUGGUCUUAAGUUGUAUCAAGACAAUAUCUAGGUCAAGUUCGAAUAUGGGUCUUGCCGGGUCAAAAACUAGGUCACGGGGUAACUUAGUGCAUUGCAAGGAUUUAGUAUGGUGUCCGCUCUCUAGUUGGUUAUGUUUGUGGACAUGCCAAGUUUGAUAACCAGACAAAUUCUAUAAAGCAUUAUGGCCCAAAUUACCGGUAAUGUUGUCUGCUCUCUAAUAGGUUGUUUUUAUGCCCCCGGGUCGAAUGAUUGGGCGUAUAUUGUUUUUGGCCUGUCCGUCUGUCAUUGUAUGUGCGUGUUUGUCUGUCAUUGUAUGUGUUUGAUAGUCCCAAAACUUCCAACCUUGCUCAUAACUUUUGCAAUAUUAAAGAUAGCAACUUGAUAUUUGGCAUGCAUGUGUAUCUCAUCGAGUUGCCCAUUUUGAGUGGUGAAAGGUCAAGGUCAAGGUCAUCAUUCAAGGUCAAAGAUCAAAUAUAUGGCUUCAAAGCGCAGUAGGGUGCAUUGUGUUUCACAAACACAGCUCUUGUUUGCUUUAUUAGCUAUAUGCGGUUUUAAUAACCAUGAAAUUGCUUUAAUGUACCAUGUACCCGUAUUGGCUUAUCUUCGGUGUGUUAAUACGAACCCAUGGCAUAUUUGGAAAGGUUCCAAACUUGUAAAAGUUGCCGGAUAAUUGAUGAUAUCCCAUGAAAUCCCACGAAUAAUAUAGUAUCAUAUUUAGUCUUCUUUCUUACAUUCUGACAUAGUAAUCACUUUGUUUAAUUUGUAUUACUUAGUUUUAUUUCUAUUUAAUACACAUCAUGAUGAGCGAAGCUUUUUUUUUAAAGAUUGGGUCUUUGGUUGUAUUGCUAUACUAAUAUUUUAUCUUUAGCUCGAUUUUUGCAAAGUUUAAGUGUGAAUUUAAAAUUAAUAUGUCUUUACCGGUAGAUGACAUACAUGCAGCUAUUUAACUAUUUAACCUUUCAGAGAAUGAAACAAAUACAGAUGAAAUAUAAAGUAUCGAUUUUUGCAUUAAUGUAGACAUAUGUCGUUGCCGAAAAUGAAAACAUUUUGAUUCACAUGACUUAUUUCGACAAACUGAUUUUACGACAUCAAAUGUAUGGUCAUUUAUCACAGGUAGACCUUUUUUUCUUUCUUUUUCAUAAGACCAUAUUUUGAAGUAUUGACUUUGUAAAAUAAAAAUGUAUACGUUUGGUAUUAACUCUUGCAUUUUUAAAACAGCAUUUUAAGUCUAAUUCAUUCAAAUUCAAUUCCAGCCAGAUUUCACAAAUAUAUCGAUAGAACAAUACAACAAUUUAAAUGAUUAAAAACUGUUACACAUUGGACGUAUUUUAAUCAUCUACCAGGUAUAAAUUAAGCCUUAUGUCAUAUCUGCCUGGAUCUUAAUCCUCAUGCACCACCUUAAUUUAAUGCCAUACAUAAUACCCAAAAUUGUUGUCAGAAAAAAGUAGUGUUUAUUGUGGCGAACUUUUCGAAUAGGCAGAUAAUACAGAAAUUUGCAAAUUGUAUAACAUGGAAAGACCUAAAUCACAACAAUUUUCCAGGCCUACGCAAGAAUCGGAUUUAUAUGUCAUGGUCAUUUCCCUGUAGAAAACCCACAGGCUACGACGCAUACAUUUUUAUAAAUGUUUAGAAUUCUAGUAAUAAAUUGUUAAAAUACUCUUUCGUAAUUUCAUUUUUAAGAUUGUUAGGCUUAUUGUUCUAGCUAUUUUACAUUUAAUUUAACAUUUUGUUUUACCUUUACCUUAUGUUCUUUAAGACAAAGCAUGUAGUGGGCUAUAUCAUAUUUUUACCUUGCUUUUCAUUUUGAUGUUUUGUAGAUAUUAUAAUAACCGCAUUAUAAUCUUGAUUUUA